AUGCAAGGCAAACAGGGCCAGGGAACACAGGGCACAGGCACAAAGUCAAACCACCUACCCAAAGAUGAGAGCAACAUCUAUGCAGCGAGACACAGACAACCACUCACACCGCCAGAGGAGAACGGACAUCAGGAGGAGAAAUCAGAAUCCAUCAGGCAGCAGGCCUUAUUUCAUGAGCGGCAGGAAGUGUUCUGUCAUGUUCACCGAAAGCACUGCUACUGUGGACCUGGAGAUGUGGCCUGUGAUUUCUGCGCUGAGAUGAAGCUGAGAGCUGUGAAGUCCUGUCUGACCUGCCCUGCCUCCCUCUGUGAGAACCAUGUCAGGCUUCACUACACAAUACCAGCACUGCAGAGACACACACUGGUGGAGGUGACUGGAGACCUGGAGCAGAGACUCUGUCAGCAGCACCACAGACCUCUUAAGGUGUUCUGUAAAACUGACCAGACAUACAUCUGUAAAGUCUGUGCAGUAGAGGAACACAAAGACCAUAGUAAACUCUACAGAGAGGAUUCUAGUGUGUCAGGCAUUCAACACCUUCUCAGGAUCAUGGUUGAGAACAUGAAAACUGAAGAUUUAAAUAAAUUUCAAAAAGAAUUGAAUGAAAACUACCCAGGGUGCCUCGGCAAUCUGCAAGAGGAUCUCAACGUUUCUCCUUUUGUUGAGAAAUUAAUGGAGAGCUUUAAAGAAGAUGUAGCUCUGAAAAUUACAGCUCAUUUUGUGAUUACAGGUAGUUCUUUGCUAAGAGUGAAGCAAGCAAAUAAAGCCAACCUAAAGGUAAGGUUUUCCUAUAUAAAUGAGGAAGUUUCUUCAGGGGGAGAACCAAGGUCUUUGAGAGAGAUCUACACAGAACUCUACAUCACAAAAGGUGGAACUGGAAAGGUCAAUAAUGAACAUGAGGUCAGACAGAUUGAGAUGGCUUGUAAGGGACAAACAACUCAGGAGAGUUCAAUCAAAUGUAAUGACAUAUUUAAACCACUUCCCGAACAAAACAAACGGAUCAGAACAGUGCUGACGAAGGGUAUUGCUGGAAUUGGAAAGACAGUCUCUGUUCAGAAGUUCAUACUUGACUGGAUUGAAGGGGAAGCAAAUCAAGAUAUCACUGUCAUAGUCCCUCUACCUUUCCGAGAUCUUAAUCUUAAGAAAGAGAAAUACAGUCUUAUCCAGAUUCUUCAUGACUACAUACCACAACUGAAAGAGUUACAUGUAACUGAAUAUGAAAAGGUCAAGAUACUCUUCAUCUUUGAUGGUUUGGAUGAGUGUCGACUUCCUCUAGAUUUUCAGAACAACGAGAGUGUGUUUGAUGUCACAAAGUCCACCUCAGUGGAUGUUCUGCUGACAAACCUCAUCAAAGGGAAUCUGUUUCCCUCUGCUCUUCUUUGGAUAACCUCCCGACCAGCAGCAACCAGUCAGAUACCUCCUCAGUACAUCCACCAGGUCACAGAGAUCCGUGGGUUCAGUGAACCUCAGAAGGAGGAAUACUUCAGGAAGAGAAUCAGUGAUCAGAGCCUUGCCAACAGAAUCAUCACACACAUCAAAUUAUCAAGGAGCCUCUACAUCAUGUGUCACAUACCAGUCUUUUGUCGGCUUUCAUCCACUGUGCUUGAGAAUUUGAUGAGGGAUGCAGGCAGAGGUGAAAUUCCCAAAACUCUCACUGAAAUGUACACACACUUCCUGCUCAUUCAGAUCAGUCUGAAGAAUAAGAAGUACAAUGGAGUCACAGUGAGAAAUCCAAAAAUGCUGUCGGAAUCAGACAGAGAGAUGAUACUAAAACUGGGAGAAUUGGCUUUCCAACAGCUGGAGAGGGGGAAUUUAAUAUUCCAUGAGGAGGACCUGAGAAACUGCGGAAUUGAUGUUAGUAAAGCUUCUGAAUACUCUUCUCUGUGCACAGAAAUCUUCAGAGAGGAGUUGGGAUUGUACAUGGACAAGGUCUACUGCUUCUUACAUCUAAGUGUUCAAGAGCAUCUAGCUGCAGUGUAUGCACAUGUUUGCUGUGUGGAAGAAAACAAAAAUGUUUUCACCACAAAGGAAUUCAAAAAUGAAGUGUACAGAUUGCAGCUGUAUGACGUACACCAGAGUGCACUGGACAAAGCCCUGCAGAGUAAGAAUGGCCACAUGGACCUUUUCCUCCGCUUUCUUCUUGGACUUUCACUAGACUCCAACCAGAGUCUCCUACAAGGUUUGAAAAGAAAACGGAUUUCAAAACCACAUGGGACAAUUUGGAAUAUUUGUCUUAACAAUUUACAGACAAUUACUUUAAUUAAGUCUAAGAUCAAGGAGGAAUCAUCACCAGAGAGGAUCAUCAAUCUCUUCCACUGUCUGAAUGAACUGAAUGACAACUAUUUGGUUGAGGAUAUCCAGAAUGCCUUCAGAUCAGGAACUCUGUCAGAUAAAGAACUGGAACCAGACCAAUGCUCAGCUUUAGCCUAUCUGUUACUGAUGUCAGAGGAGGUGCUGGAUGAGUUUAACUCGAAGAUUUGCAAAAAAACAGUAGCCAGUCUGCAUAGGCUGCUCCCAGUGCUGAGGAACUGUAGGACAGUCAGACUUGCUGGCUGUUGUCUUACAUCUGAUUGCUGUGAAACUGUGGCCACAGUUCUCCAGUCAGAGACCUCACUCCUGAGAAAGUUGGAUCUCAGCAGCAAUAACCUCACAGAUUCAGGAGUGAACCUACUUUGUAAAGGACUGAUGAGCCCAAACUGCAAAUUACAGACACUGAAGCUUUGGGAGUGUAAUCUGACAAAGGGGUGCUGUGCAGAUCUAGCCUCAGCACUAGCAUCUCCUAAGUCUGUCCUGACAGAGUUGGAGCUGACUGACAAUUACUUGGAGGAUUCGGGAAUGAAGUUGCUUUCAACUGGUCUAAAGAAUGAACAUUGUAAACUACAAUCAUUAGGACUGAGGGAGUGUAGCCUCAGCCAGGGCUGUUGUGAAGAUUUGGCUGCAGUCCUGAGAUCUCCUCACUCUGAACUGAAAGAGCUGGAUCUGACAAACAAUCACCUGCAGGAUUCUGGAGUGAAUAUGCUCUCUGAUGGACUGAGGGAUCAGAACUGUAAACUCCAGAAACUAAGACUGAGGGAGUGUAGCCUCAGCCAGGGCUGUUGUGAAGAUUUGGCUGCAGUCCUGAGAUCUCCUCACUCUGAACUGAAAGAGCUGGAUCUGACAGACAAUCACCUGCAGGAUUCUGGAGUGAAUAUGCUCUCUGAUGGACUGAGGGAUCAGAACUGUAAACUUCAGAAACUGGGGCUAUCUGGCUGUUCAAUCACAAAGGAAGGCUGUGCUUCACUGGGCUCAGCUCUGACAAUAAAUUCCGCACACUUGAGAGAGCUGGAUCUGACUUACAAUCACCCAGGAGGCUCUGGAGUGAAACUGCUCUCCACUUUACUGAAGAAUCGAGAUUGUGAACUGGAGAAACUGCGACUGUCCGCCUGUAAUCUCACAUCUGAAUCCUGUGUAACUGUGGCCUCAGUUCUUACAUCAGUGAACUCACCUCUGAGAGACCUGAAUCUCAGCCACAAUAACCUGACUGAUUCAGGAGUGAAGAGACUUUGCUCUGAGCUGAUAAAUUCACCCUUUAAACUGACAAACCUGAGACUGAGAGAGUGUGGUCUCACGCAGGGCUGCUGUGCAGAUCUGGCCUUGUUCCUGACGUCUCCCCACUCUAACCUGACGGAGCUGGAACUGACAGACAAUGACCUGCAGGAUUCAGGAGUGAAGCUGCUCUCUGAUGGACUGGGGGUUCCACACUGCAAACUGGAGAAACUGCAGUUGGCUGGCUGUCUAAUCACAAAGGAGGGCUGUGGUUCUCUGGCCUCAGCCCUCAGAUUAAACCCCUCACACCUGCGAGACCUGGAUCUGAGCUACAAUCAUCCAGGAGACUCAGGAGGGAAGCAGCUUUCUGCUCUGCUGGAGGAUCCACACUGUAAACUGGAGAACCUGGAAUUUCACCAUGGUGGAGAAUGCAGGAUGAAACGUGGACUGAGGAAAUAUGCCUGUCAACUAACACUGAACCACAACACAGCACACAGAAGCCUCUCUUUGUCUGAGGGAAACAGGAGAGCAACCCGGACUCCAGUAGAGCAGCCAUAUCCUGCUGGUCCUGAGAGAUUUGAGGAUUAUCCUGAAGUUCUGUGUACAGAGGGUCUGACUGAGCACUGUUACUGGGAAUUGGAAUGGAGUGGACAAAGUAUAUGCCUUGGAUUUGUAAAUAAGAGUGCCAGUAAGGCAGGAUUUAUGGGAGCCAAUAACCAGUCAUACAUGUUGAUGUGUCAGAGGAAUAGAUUUCUCUUACAUCACAAUGGCAAGAGAAUUAAUGUAAUCUCUCAUCAGUGCCCAUCCACCGGAUUGGGAGUGUAUCUAGACUGGCGUGCUGGCUCUCUGUCCUUCUAUGCUGUCAACAGUGACACACUGACUCUCCUGUACACAGUCCACACCGCAUUUACUGAACCCCUCUACACAGGGUUUGGUGUUUACUAUGACUCUACAGUGGCUCUGUGUCAUCUGAAUUGGACUCAUCAUUGGAAAGAACUCAACGUAUUCAUCAAAGAAAAGCUAAUACAAAUUUUUCAACGCAUACACGAAGGAUUAAACUCACAAGGAAAGCUAACUUUGCUGCAUGAGAUCUACACAGAGCUCUACAUCACAGAGGGUGGAAGUGGAGAGGUCAAUAAUGAACAUGAGGUCAGACAGAUGGAGAUGACCUCGAAGAGACAAAUCACUCAGGAGACUCCAAUCAAAUGUAACAACAUAUUCAAAACACCUCCUGGGCGGAGAAAACAAAUCAGAACAGUGCUGACAAAAGGGAUAGCUGGAAUUGGAAAGACUGUCUCUGUGCAGAAGUUCAUUCUUGACUGGGCUGAAGGAGAAGCCAAUCAAGAUAUUAUGGUCAUUGUCCCUCUACCUUUCAGGGAUCUUAACCUGAACAAAGAGAACUGCAGCCUCAUCCAACUUCUUCAACACUAUGCUCCAGAGCUGAAAGAGAUAAAAAACAUUGAAGAUGAACAAGUCAAAAUGCUCUUAAUUUUUGAUGGUCUGGAUGAGUGUCGAUUCCCUCUAGAUUUCCAGAACACAGAGAUUUGCUGUGAUGUGACAAAGUCGACCUCUGUGGAUGUGCUGCUGACAAACCUCAUCAAGGGAAAUCUGCUUCCCUCUGCCCUCCUCUGGAUAACCUCCCGACCGGCAGCAGCCAAUCAGAUCCCUCCUGAAUACAUCCAGCAGGUCACAGAGAUCCGUGGGUUUAAUGAGCCUCAGAAGGAGGAGUACUUCAGGAAGAGAAUCAGUGAUCAGAGCUUAGCCAACAGAAUCAUCACACACAUCAGGUCAUCAAGGAGCCUCCACAUCAUGUGUCACAUUCCAGUCUUCUGUUGGCUUUCAGCCACUGUGCUUGAGAAUGUGAUGAGUGAUGCAGGCGAAGGUGAAAUACCCAAAACUCUGACUGAAAUGUACACGCACUUCCUCCUCAUUCAGAUAAGUCUGAAGAAUAAGAAGUACCAUGGAGCCACAGCAGAAAACCCAAAGAAGCUGUGCGAAUCAGACAGAGAGAUGAUUCUGAAACUGGGAAAACUGGCUUUCCAGCAGCUCCAGAGGGGUAAUCUGAUAUUCUAUGAGGAGGACCUGAGAGAGUGUGGCAUUGACGUUGGUGAAGCUUCAGAGUACUCUUCAGUGUGCACAGAGAUCUUUAGAGAGGAGUUGGGAUUGCACAGAGAAAAGGUCUUCUCCUUUGUACAUCUGACCAUUCAGGAGCAUCUGGCUGCAGUGUAUGCACAUGUUUCAUGUGUGAAUGAAAAUAAGAACGUUGUUGACACAGAGGAACCAGAACAUGAGGUCAGAUUAACGCUGCCUGAAUUAUAUUUAUCUAAUCAGCAAUCGUCGCUGUAUCCCUUACAUCAGAGUGCAGUGGACAAAGCCCUGCAGAGUAAGAAUGGUCACCUGGAUCUUUUCCUCCGCUUCCUUCUCGGCCUCUCCCUGGACUCCAACCAGUCUCUUCUGCAAGAACUAAUGACAGAAAGCAUUUUCGAAACGCGAAGGUACAGACCCACAGAGACAGCUGAGUACAUCAAGGGGAAGAUUAGAGAGGAAUCGUCCGCCGAAAGGAUCAUUAAUCUGUUUCACUGUCUGAACGAAAUGAAUGACAACUCUCUGGUAGAGGAAAUUCAGAGUGUUUUUACAUCAGCCAGUCCCUCAGAUGAAGAACUGGAGCCAAACCAGUGUUCAGCUCUGGCCUAUAUGUUACUGAUGUCAGAGGAGGUGCUGGAUGAGUUUGACCUGAGGAUGUACAAAACAUCAGCAGCAGGUCAGCAGAGGCUUCUCCCAGUUCUUCGGACCUGCAGGAGGGCCAGACUGGUGCACUGUGAUCUUUCACCUGAAUCCUGCGUAAGUGUGGCCUCAGCUCUCAAAACAGUGAACUCAGCCCUGAGAGAGCUGGAUCUCAGCUACAACAACCUGACUGAUUCAGGAGUGAAGCUCCUUUCCUCUGGACUGAUGAAUCAGAACUGUAAACUACAGAAACUUAGAAUGGUUGGCUGUGAUCUCUCAGCUGAAUCCUGUGUUACUCUGGGAUCAGCUCUCCAGUCAAUGAACUCCCCCCUGAGAGAUCUGGAUCUUAGCUACAACAACCUGACAGAUUUAGGAGUGAAACAGCUCUGCACUGGACUGGAGCAUCCACACUGUAAACUGGAGAAACUCAGGCUGAAAGACUGUGUACUCACAGAGAGCUGCUGUGAAUAUCUGGCCUCAGUUCUUCAGUGUCCUCACUCCGGCAUGAGAGGGCUGGAGCUGGGACACAACAGCCUACAGGAUUCAGGAGUGAGACUGCUGUGUUCUGGACUGAAAAAUCCAAACUGCUCACUGGAAAAACUCAGUCUUAUUGCAUGUGGUCUGACAGAGGGCUGCUGUGCAGAUCUGGCCUCAGUCCUGAUGUCUCCCCACUCUAACCUGAGAGAGCUGGAGCUGUCAGACAAUGACCUGCAGGAUUCAGGGGUGAAACGACUCUGUGCUGGACUAGAGCAUCCACACUGUGAACUACAAGCGCUGGGGCUGUCGGGCUGUCUGAUCACAGAGGAGGGCUGUGAUGUUCUGGGCUUAGCUCUCGCUUCAAACCCCUCACACUUGAGAGAGCUGGAUCUCAGCAAUAACCACCCAGGGGACUCAACACUGCAGCUGUUCUCUGCCCUCUUGGAGGAUCCACACUGUAAACUGGGUAAACUGGAACUGAACCAAAGUGGAGAGUGCACAUUGAGACCUGCGCUAAGGAAAUAUGCCUGUCAGCUCACGCUAGACAAGAACACAGCACACAGAAACCUCUCUCUGUCUGAGGGGAACAGGAGAGUAAAACAUUCGUCAGUAGAGCAGCCAUAUCCCGAUCACCCUGACAGAUUUCAUAACACUUUCCAGGUGCUGUGUGGAGAGGCUCUGACUGAACGUUGUUACUGGGAAGUAGAGUGGAGUGGAAUAAUACAGGCAGGAGUUACAGACAGGAACAUCAGCAGGCUCACAGGUUCUAUGGGAAUGAAUUCCAAGUCUGUUGCUCUAUUGUGCCAUGAAGGUGGGUUCUAUUUGUGUCACAAUGGUAAGAGAACUGCUUUGACCUCUGGCCCUAACCCCGCUACCAAAGUAGGAGUGUAUCUUGAUUGGGCGGCUGGCGCUCUGUCCUUCUACAGCAUCUUCGAUGACACACUGACCCGCCUGCACACAUUCCACACCAAAUUCUCUGAGCCCCUGUACGCAGGUUUCAGGGUUUACCCUGACUCUACAUUUAUACUUUGCAGUGUGAAGAUAUGA